CCUGCUCUGUUUACUCUAAGCCAUGGUGGUAUUGACAAAGCCAUCCCUAGAGCAAGUCUGCCUCCCAACGCUGCACAAACCAAGGAGUUGCUUCUCCGGCAUUCCGGUCAUCGACAUGUUGGAGCAGGGUGCGGAGGCCCUCCUCGUGAAGGCCUGCGAGGAGUUUGGGCUCUUCAAGGUCACCAAUCAUGGAGUCCCCAUGGAGCUCGUUGCUAGGCUAGAAGAUGAAGCUGUCAAAUUCUUCAGCUUGCCUCAUAUGGAGAAGGAGCGUUCUGGCCCCGCAAAUCCUUUUGGUUAUGGAAACAGGAAAAUUGGUGGCAAUGGUAAUGUGGGUUGGCUGGAGUAUCUCCUUUUGGAGGUCACCUCCAAAUCCAUUUCGCAUGCUUCCCUUGCCUUCCUCAAAGAAACUUACGCGAGAUAUUUUUGCUCUGUUUUGAAUGAGCACAUACAGGCAAUGAGGAGGAUGACAAGUGAGGUUUUGGAGUUGAUGGCUCAAGGCUUGAUGAUUGAGCCAAGGAACAUCUUCAGCAAGGUGGUGAUGGACGAGGAGAGUGAUUCAGUGCUGAGGCUGAACCAUUACCCUCCAUGCCCACUACUGCUGCAAGGGCUCAACGACACCAUGACAGGGUUCGGAGAGCACAAUGACCCACAGCUCAUCUCAGUGCUGAGGUCAAACAACACCUCGAGGCUGGAAAUCUCCUUGAGAGAUGGCACCUGGGUCUCCGUCCUCCCUGAUACAGAAUCCUUCUUCAUCAAUGUCGGUGAUUCCUUGCAGGUUCUGACAAAUGGGAGAUUCAGGAGUGUGAGGCACAGAGUGGCGACAAAUUGA